AUGGCUGCGAACGAUCCCAAUACACCUGAGGAGGAAAUUCUAAAUGAAGAUGAAUACCCACAGCGGCCUAGAAAGCAGCCUAUGAUGAAUUCUGAUCCCGAUGAGAGGAGUGACUCGUCUAACUUUCGGGGACCACCUGCCCCCAGGGCCGACGAGGAUAUGUACUACAAUCCCGAGAGAUAUGUUCCAAUCAUGGAACUCAAAAAUUGCCAACUACGUAAAAAGUUGGCAGAAGCUACAAAACGCAAUGAAGAGUUAGCCAGGCUAGCUGCUGAGGCACAAGCGGCUCAGGCCCCGCCUCCGCAAGCUACCCAGCCUCCGCCUCCGCGGGACACUCAGGCCCCACCUCGUAGGCCCAGGGGACGUCCUCGAAAGAAUGCAGCCACUCGGAGAGCGGAAAAAGCACCGCCACCAACAUCCCCUCCUGUUCAGCCAAGACCCCGGAGGGGAAAUCAGGCUGAGGCCACUGCCAACCCGAUUGCUGCAGCACACACGGGAAUGGGGAAUAACCGAGCCCCCUCGGUGGCUCGAACCCCAAAUCUUGGUGCAGCAGAGAAUGUCCCAGAACCUAACCGGGCGAAUUCGAGACCUUCUAGGCCUAACCAUGGGAGACAGCCACCAUCUUCCAUAAGACACCCGCCAUCAUCAAUAAGGCAUCCCUCACCAAUUCAAGAUGCUCUGCGACCUGCCCCUCAAAAUAGGGAUCGACAGGCUGGAUGGGGACAUGGAAAUGGAGAGGCUGCCCGAGAUCACAGGGCUCCUCAACAUACUAGAAGCCAAAUGUCAUGGUCACGAGCUACUGGGACAAGGAAACCAGCAGGGGAUCCACCUCGUAAUCACUGA